UAUCGUAGGAAAUACCAAUUUAAAUGGACAAUAUUUUGUAAAAAAGGUUCAGUAAAGCAUGUCAGGGUGAUGCAACUGUAUGAUUUGGGCUGACUGUAAAUGAUGAAUUGUAAAUUAACCGUGCUGUGUAUACUUCUUCUGAUAAACCUGGUUUCCUCAACUCAUAAGAGASGUUUUCACAAAAAUAGCCAUAAAGUAACAAACCGUCGUCAACAAAUUUUUGGACAAAACAGCGGCAACCCACCGGUGCCACCCAUUGGCAAAGAAUUGCAAAAUCAGCUCAGGGAGCAAGUCAAUGAAGAUUCAAGACUAGUUGAAGUUUCACCGACCAACGCAGACGCUCUGAAUGGCUUUACUGGUGCAGGUAUUGGUUUGCCCUUUGGGACACCUAAUCGUAGAAUUGACAAAAACCCACUCAUUGGUGCUAAUGGCUUGACAAAAAAUUCCCUUGCGGACAUCAUGUUUGGAAACUUAAAAGGACUGGUUAAACCUAACAGUGGAAACCAAAUGAUGUCUUAUAAUGAGUUACAGUCAGAUUCCAUCCAAGGUGGAGACAUGAGGCAAAUGGUUGGGGGACAAAUGGAAGAGAUGAAUAAUGGAGGAACGAAUGAGAUGGGAAAUAUUUUAAGCAAUGCUCAGCCUAUGAAUCUAAAUGCCUUGUCUGCAAUGAAUAAUCUUGCUGGAUCUCAAGGUCUAAAUGCAUUUGGUGCACGACAUGGAGCUUUGGGCAAUAUGAUGAAUGCUGGUAACAUGAAUAACGGAAACAUGAACUUUGGUAACAUGAAUGGAGGAAGUUUGACAUCCAUGGGUAUUAACGGCAUGAACCCCAAUUUACUCGGAAACCCAGCACUUGGCGUCAAUAGUUUUGGGGGUCCAUUGCAACCCAAUCCUGCACUGGGUGUCCAAAUGAUGUCUCAGCUGAGUAACAUGAACGAACAGCAAAACGAUUGGCUAGGAAAACACCACAAGCGACAUCACAAACACAAAAAACAUCACAAAAAAACCACAACUAAACUUCUUUUGAAGUUACUGGUGGAUAAACUACGAGACAUUUACGAGCUGGAUCAAAUGAAUGCAGUUAAUAAGAAAAUGGAUUCCUCAACGGUUGGUAAAAUUGGGUUGACGUUAGAUGACUUGGGUGUCCCUAAAGGUGACGUACACCAUGGGAAAGGGAACGAGACGGAUUCUACUCUAGGUGGAUUCAAAACUAAGCUUUCGUUUCCAGUAACAAUMUCUGACAGCAAAGCGACAGAAGAAUUGCAUUUGACGGAUGAAGCCAGUCGGAAGAACUUUGAAGGUAAAAUUCCUGCAGACGACGAUGAUGCCAAGAUACAAAAAAUACUUUCCGGUCUAGKCAUCAAAGAAGGAGUUGACACUGUAAAGAAAACAAAUACCAACGAUUCUGCUGAUAACCUUUUGAAAGACAUCCAAACAGCAACGGACCUAGACACCAAAGCUAAGGCAAUCACCUCAUCUUUUACUCCAGUAAUCAAAGGUCAAGAAGUUCAGAAUGAAAAUGCAAAAUCUAGAGACAACAUUGAGGAAGUAAAGAUGGAUGACAUGGGGAGUAUAUCAGAGUUUCACAAAAUAAAUAUGAGUAAUGAUAAUGGUGAUGUAAUCUCUCCUAUUUCUGGUGUCAAAUCAGAUAUUUCCCCUUCAGAGAUCGCAAACUUCAGGGAUCCACAGCAAGGAGAAGUCACAGCCCCUGAAAUAUUUUCGGUGUCUUCUUUAUUGAACAAUGGCAUUGUAAACCAGCGAGAAUCCACCUUUUUCAAAGAUGUCACUGAAGAAUCAGCUAUUCAUGACAAAAAUUUGGAAAUUCUGGGAAUUGAUGCGUCGAAGAAGACGGUGGCUUCUGGCUCAUCAAACGAGAAGGUUCUCCCGUACGUUCCUUCUGAUAUAAACACUGAUCAAGCAGAUUUAAAAAGCCUUACUGACACGAUGGCACAUGAUGUAAAGACAAAAGUUAAAGAUGGAGAGGACUAUGUGAAAGCUGCUAGAGUGCUUGGCGCUGUUUUCAAGAAAGUCAAAGAUCCUGUUGCAAAACAAAGUAUCGAAACCGCGAUUAAAGCAAUGUUAAAGGUUAUGAAAAAUGUAGCUAAAGAAAAUAAUAAUUCUUCCAAAAAGCAUCAGCUGCCAUCGGAUGAUGAUGAGAAACUUGUCGAACAACUUCAGCGACUCCAUGGAGUUUUUAAUAAGAUGAAAGGAAGUAUGCUAACAACGAAUAAAGAAAAACGAUCAAACCACAUAAAAAAGGACAAAAACAGUCAUAUACGUUUGUUCAACGUAGUUCGGCAUAAAAGUUUCCAAUCAAAAUUAAACAGAAAAAUAACCUAAUCAAAGCUGUAACGGAUAUUUUAAAGGCUAUUUUGU